UCUAAGAGUGGACAUAGGUGCCUUAUGAAGGAUCAUUGCCCCACAAAACUUUGUCCCAUUAUGGACCGUCAUAUUAAUGCUAGCGUCUGCGUAGGACAUGAUACGCCUCCCCCUACUCUCUACAAGUUUCUCCUACAGUUGUACCAAUGCAGGCACCAGGUUCUGUCACGAUCAUACCGUGAUUAGCAAGGUCACCGUGGGCGGCUUCUAUUUCCUGCGGUCACGAAACUCUUUCGAUCCUCGCAUUUAGCUAUCCUGUCGCUCUAGAAUUUUCCUCAAAGCGCUUUGGGUGAAUGCGACGGCUCCAUGUUUUUCAUGUCUGUCGCUUCCGACCGGAUUUCGGGGAGUGCGGAGUGCUUCAAGGGUAGAGCGUCAUGUCUACAGUGGGAUACAUGGUUACUCGUGCUUUCUGCGCAAAAAAGUUGCAGCUCAUGUUGGACAACGGCUCAGUCCAAGGCUUAUAAGGCCGUUGCGGACUCUCUCUUCCUUUCUAAAGCAUGUCUACCAUACCACAGAGCCAGAAUAGCGCCACCGACCUUGCCGCCUCAGAUUCCAGCAGUGACACCUUGGCUGGUAAGAGGAGUGUCGUCAAGUCAUUGUUAAUUGCACUAGCAUGUAUGAUGGCGCAAAUUGUUAACAGCACCAAUACCAGUGCUAUCUCAGUUACGCUGCCUACUCUGGCAAAAGAACUUGAUAUUCCAGAAGAAAAAUUAAACUGGAUUGCGUCGGCAGGACCCUUAGUCACGGAAAGUCUCUUUCGUGCAUGUUUUCUGAUAAUGUUUGGGAGAAUAUGCGAUCUUUAUGGCCGCAAAAAACCAUUUUUAUUUGGUUCUUUAUGGAUGGCGGUAUUUACCUUAGCCGUCACCUUCGCCAAUGAUGAUAUCACCAUGGACAUAUUAAGAGGCCUACAAGGCUUAGGUCGUGCCGCUAUGAUGCCUGCUGCUGUGGGAAUUCUCUCGGAAACCUUUAAAUCUCCGGAGGGGCGGCGAAAAGCCUUCACUGCUUUCAGCGCAGGACAACCCAUUGGCACUGCUCUUGGUACAGUCGUUGGUGGAGCCAUGACCCAACUAACCAAGCAAACAUGGAGAUCUCCGUUUUAUCUCAUUACGGGCCUCUCUUUUGCGAUUUUCGUUCUUGGUUUAUAUGCUGUCGAUGACGACACCCCAUCAACCGAAAUGGAUCGGCGAAUCGAUUGGAUUGGCCUGGUUCUCGUCAGCGCUGGCCUUAUGCUCAUCAUAUUCGUCUUAUCCCAGGGCGAGGACGCUUCACAACAGUGGAAAACUCCUUACAUCAUCGUCCUCCUCCUCUUCGGGAUAGGGCUCCUCGUAGCUUUCUUCUUCUGGCAACAUUACCUUGGAAAGAAGUAUGAUACGAAAGCAGCAAAGUGGUGUUCGCCGCCGCUGAUGCGAUUGUCGCUAUGGACACGGGCGAGGGGGCGGGUCGCAGCAACGUUCAUCAUCACGCUCUUGACGUGGUGUGCUCUAUAUUCAUGGCUGUACUGGGCUCAGCUGUAUUACCAAAGCUACAUCGGCCUCGCACCCCUCGUUACAGUCAUCCGCCUCCUCCCCGCUUACAUCACUGGGGUUCUAUACAAUGUCAUCCUGACCAUCCUCAUGAGCCGGAUCCCUUUUGUGUUCCUCAUGGCUGGCGGAAACGUCUUGACCGCCAUCGCGAGUUUGCUUUUCGCGGUGAUCGACCCUCGUGCUGUUUACUGGGCCUUUGGGUUCCCUGCGGCGGUGCUGGCACCUGCCGGGGGCGGAUUUGCAUAUGCGUGUUCGAUGAUUUACAUUACCAAGGCGGCUAGGCCACAUGAGCAGAGUAUGGUUGGGGCUGUGGUGCAGACUAUGACACAGUUGGGCACGUCGCUGGGUGUUACGGUAUCUACUGUGAUUUUCGAUGAAGUAUCUCAACAGCAGACGAGCGGGCAGGGAGCCCCACCGGGUUUGGGCAGUUAUAAGGCUGCGCAGUGGACGACUUUGGUGUUUGCGGGGUUAGGUGUGUGUGCUUUUUUUUUGUUUUUUUUUAAUCUACUUGGAGACAUGAGCUGA